UGUGUUUGGACACUAGAAAUUGUCACACAAACCUUAUAUCUAUCUAACCAUCCUUUCAAACCAAGCAAAACAAAAGACUAUGACUAAACAAGACCUAUAAUUGUGACAAUGAGACCAAUUAGUUGCAAACUCAAUUUCUUAAUAAGGGUCUAAUAGAUAUGCUUACCCUUCAAAAAAUCAAAUGACACUCAAAGGCUUUGUAUCACUUGUCUUCAAUUUAUUUGGCCUAACAGAGGCACAAAGGAACAAUGAUGCAACUUUACCUUACCUUGUUUCUACUCCAAUUGUCUCAAACAAGAUCAAAUCUGAAUCGGCAACAUCUUCAAAUCUUAUGGAGAAAAAUAGUGAGGUUGGUUUGUGUAGUGUCUGUUUGUCGAUGUUAAACGUCGACAAAGAUGAAAUUCGUGUACUUCCUUGUUUGCACGAAUUUCAUAAGGUUUGUGUAAAUAAAUGGCUAAAGGGUCAUCAUAAAACAUGUCCAUUGUGUCGUUUUUCAAUGGGAGCUGAGGAAAAGUCUCAUUGUGCUGAAAUGUUCACUGAUGAGAUGCUAAUAUGGUUUUCUUCUUUCCAUAUUGCUGGUAUGUGAUGUAAAUGUAAUGAUCUAAAAUUCACCAGUGAAUAUUUCUUUGGUUUACUAUAAGCAUAGCAUUUAUUUUGCUUUUGUAAAUUUGUUGCUGCAAAGUUUAUUCAUAUGAUUCUAAGCAAGAUUAUAUGAAGUGAUAAUGUCAAUAUAUUGUAAACUCUUUAUGGUGAACAUAAAAGUCUUUGCACAAUUUGAUUGUAAAA